AUGGCUACGGCCGCAACUCCUAGCACAUACAUGGCAACAAUCAAUCCUUGCCUAUCUUCUACGCAUAAAGUAUUUAUGUCAACAACAGCUACUUUCAGUACCGAGUCCAAAGAGGCAUCUUGGACUAGGCUUAAAAGCUCCUCUCACAUCUCAUCAAGGCAGCCAUUCUUACAGAGUGCUACUUCAGCGCCUGUGCGACUUAAAAGGGUUGUUACAAGAGCAAUGUCUGCAGCAAAUGAGAACAAGCCCCUGCCAGGACUGCCUGUUGAUUUAAGAGGUAAGAGAGCGUUCAUUGCUGGUGUAGCUGAUGAUAAUGGAUAUGGUUGGGCAAUUGCAAAAUCCCUUGCUGCUGCAGGUGCUGAGAUUAUUGUUGGUACAUGGGUGCCUGCACUGAACAUAUUUGAAAGCAGUCUACGUCGUGGAAAAUUCGAUGAAUCACGCGUAUUGCCAGAUGGUUCCUUAAUGGAAAUUACCAAAGUUUAUCCAAUGGAUGCAGUUUAUGACAGUCCUGAGGAUGUUCCUGACGAUGUAAAAACAAACAAACGCUAUGCAGGAGCCUCAAAAUGGACUGUUCAGGAGCUUGUCGAAUCAGUGAAGGAGGAUUUUGGGAGCAUUGACAUCCUUGUGCAUUCACUUGCUAAUGGGCCAGAGGUUAGCAAACCUCUUCUGGAGACAUCAAGGUAUGGGUACCUUGCAGCUAUAUCCGCAUCAAGUUACUCAUAUGUUUCCUUAUUGAAGCAUUUUCUUCCGAUAAUGAAUCCUGGUGGUUCUGCGCUUUCUCUAACCUACAUAGCCUCCGAAAGGAUCAUUCCAGGGUAUGGUGGAGGCAUGAGUUCAGCAAAGGCUGCUCUGGAGAGUGACACUCGAGUUAUGGCCUUUGAAGCUGGAAGAAAGUACAAAAUCAGAGUAAACACAAUAUCUGCAGGCCCAUUGAGAAGCCGUGCUGCCAAGGCAAUUGGCUUUAUCGAUAUGAUGAUUGAGUACUCAGUGGCGAAUGCACCUCUACAGAAGGAACUAUCUGCAGAUGAGGUGGGGAACGCAGCUGCCUUCCUGGCUUCACCUUUGGCUUCAGCUAUCACUGGUUCUGUUGUCUAUGUUGACAAUGGUCUAAAUGCAAUGGGUGUGGGAGUUGACAGCCCAAUAUUCGCGAACCUUGACAUUCCUAAGGAUAACUAGAAAUCAGGUUGAGUUUACAACAGUCUUGUUUAGUGGAUCUCCAAAUAUUUUUCAAUUUAAAUAAAUGUUGUAACCUUUUUUUUAUAUAUAUACUCUUUUCAUUUAAUCCAUGCCAUGUCACGGGGAAUAGCUUAUUGUAGUCCCUUUUCUGAGAGGAUAAUCUGUGUUAUUUUAGUGGGCAUGGUUUCGUGCUGUCAUGCUUGUCAACCAUAACCAUGUUUGGUAGGCAUGUAAUUUUCUAAAUUAAACACUGCAGUAGAUAAUAGACAUUCACAUUUUACCA